CACCAUAAUUCGGUAGAAAUGUCGGCCUCUCUGAAAUCCCGAUUGAUCCUGCAAUCGAUUCGCGAUCGCGAUUAUUAUGCGAGAGGAAUCGCCAUGCGGAUUUGAAAGGUCUCUCGCGUGUGAGAGGAGCGGGAACACGUGAGAAGUGGGUUAUCUAACUGACAACACCCUGUGUUUCAUGUAGUUCACGAGAGUUUUCCCAUAAGUCGUAACAGUAACGUCUGCAGAAACGAGUUGCAAAAACAGAGACGCGGAGAGAAAGAAGGGGAAAGAAAGAGAGAGAGAAAGAGAGGAAGGAAUUGCAUAGGGAGAUGAUGCUUAUGCUGGCGUGAUCUCCCACGACGCGUUCUCUCUCUCUUUCUUUCCACCUAGUGGUUCUACUAACGUGUGUAAUUUAUUAUCGUACGAAUGCAACGCGUUACGUGCCUUCUGGAUUUCUGCAGCCCCGCAAAGAGCGAGAUCCGCCAUUACGCUCGGGAAUCCGAGAUAUGGGAACACAUGGAAUCGACUUAUUUCUCGGAUUCUUCCUGCUAAUUCCUUGACGCGCGCGUCAUCUAAUUACACAUUUGAUUGUAAAUUAUGAGCAGUGAGAACUGUGUAAUUGUGCAACGUACGACUGCCCCGAGUGUAUAAGUAGCUUGAUAUCAAUAAGUUAAUCCUAAAAAACCGGAUGAUUUUAAUCGUGUAUAAUACACCGUGAAAAUUAUGAUACAUGUGUUUUACGAUAAAAAAAAUUGUAUUACACAGAUUUAUUUCUUUAAUGAAUUGCAUUUUUUUCUUUCAGUUAACCAUUAGCUACAUUUAAUUGAAAUCUAGCAUAAAUUCUCAGGAGCAAAGUUCCGAGGCAAUUGUCCGUUCGCCAGCGCGGUGAUUUCAACAGCGGUGCCGAGCGUGGAGGCCGACGCGCGCGUACAUCGCGCGAUUGGAAAUCCAGAAUCCGGUCCGCCCGAUCCCCGGCAGCUUGGAUAGGUCUUGAUCAAGAGCGCUGUCCCGGUUCUACAGACGGGAAAACAAUCUCCGUUCGACUUCGGAUACUGGCAAUGAUAGUCUAUCGUCGGAGGUGGAGUCGCGCCUUUGCCGCGGCCUUUGCUAACUGUACAUACAAAUCCCCUUCCUCCGCUCGCUCGUUCGCUGUAGCGAGGUCCUCCUCUUACCCGAGUGAUUUUCUGCCUUUCUCUCGGUCCCUCUCCCGUCGUCCUUAUUCCUCGAUCACGGAUACCCCUUUUCCGCAUCCUUUUUAUCCCCACUAAGCGAAAGAGCGAAAGAGUGAGGAAGAAAAGGAAUGAGAGAGAGAGAGAGAGAGAGAGAGAGAGAGAGAGAGAGAGAGAGAGAAAGAGAGAGAGAGAGAGAGAAAGAAGAAGAGUGGAAGAACAAGUGAAGAGAACGGAGAGGGACGUAGUACGUCGAGCCUUCGGCAUUUUAACGUUGCUCUUUUAUAGCCUGUACACGUUAAACGUUCGCGGGAGAGACCUUUUGAACUAUCUCUCUGACGAGAUGGACGAGAACGAGGAACUCGCGAUAAACUUACACUGCGUCUAGACGCCAUCUUUGAAAAGCGGUUUAAUUUGCUGACCCUACAGUUAAUCAUCCUUUUUUUUUUUUUUAGUAAUCUAUUUUAAUUUUAUAAAAAUUUGAAACAAGUCGAAAUAUUGAAAAUUGUUUAUCUUUAUUUCAAGAUUUUUAAUAAAUACUUUAAUAAUUAAUUUAAAUAAUACAUUUUGUAGAUACUCUCUAACGUUAAAUUUAUUCACGUUCUAAUACUAUAAAUUAUUACAAGUAGUGUAACGUUAUAUCGCUCUUAAUAAAUCCUCACUUUAAGCGGCAACAUCAUGUUAAUUGGAUAUUAAAGUCGAAGCGUCUCUCAAAGCUCGAGAAUUGUAGAGGAGUUCCUAAAGAAGAUAAUUGUUUAAUUAUUAUGGACAUGGACGCUUCGUUGAAUGAAAAAAAUAUUACUUUCUCCCGCAAAGCUUUCUCUUCAAAUUGUAAUUAUUGGCAUGCAUUUCUUCAUCGCAGCAUUUGUAUGACUGAAGAUAAGAUUAACUUUAUUUCAAUGCGCGCACGCUUAAAUAAAUUUGAUCUUAAAGAAAUAACACUUUUAAUAAUACAUAGCAUAUCUGGGGAUUAACCGGAGAGCUACAUCGAAAGGUCGCAACAUCUUCAAGAUUGCUUCUAGCAAACGAAAUGUCAGGAAAACUGAUGACGCAAUUCCGCUCUCAUCAUCGAUUCGCUUCUCAUUAUAAUCCUAAUCUUCUGUCAUUUUUCACUACUGUCAAACUAUACGCCAAGCAGACGGAGUCAUUACAAUUUAUUAUAAACAGCGCAAAAAUUUUCAAUUAAUGAUUUAACUUGUUAAAUCCUCACUGCAAAGAACUCAGCAUCAUAACACUUACAAAGGAACCUCGUACAUUUUGUACAUCAAUUGUUGCGAAAUACAAAAACAAAAAUCAAAUUACGAAAAUUGAAAUUCUUUUUAUCCGGCGGAUUUUUUUGAAUCGCAGAAAAAUUGCCCUGCAGUCCUAAUUCCUUCGAGCCUAGGCGUAAUUUUCUAGGGUUUGCGUGCGAGGGUCGAAUCGAACCGAUUUUGGAGGGUCACUCAAUACCCGGGACAACAAUGCGAGAAAAAGAAAAAGAAUUCCUCAGGUCGUCGUUCGUCCUCGGUGGAGCUCUACCGCGUACAGACUAUAGGCUGUCUUUACUCCGAGGCGCGCGGCUCCUCUCUCUUUUUCUCUCUUUCUCUCUCUCUCUCUCCAUACCUUCCAUUCCCCGUGGUGGAGGCCGCAUACCUCCUUAGGAUGCAGUAUAGACCUGUCCAUUGCCUGGCAGACACCGGUUCUCUUUUCGGUCCGGAGCGACGCCGACGUUCAAUGAUACCGGGAGAGUAGAAGGGACACUCCUUCGCGCGUUCGUUUCUCGUCCCUUCAGUUACCUUUCCGCAGGUACGUCAUGCGGAUCCGACGCGAUUUCGCGAAUACGUUUGUGUGAACGUAGAAAACCAGGUGGUGCGCGGGAAUAUAGCACGUGCGGUGCCGUGACACGAUGAGGUGAUAAAACCGUGUUGUGCAGUGCGGUAUUUCGGAGCGAAGCUUUGGAAGGUGACGAUGUGGACGAUAUUACUGCUGUUGGUCUCUACGUGGUCGUCGUCAUGGGGUCAGGUGAUAAACAGGGCGCCCCAUUUCAUCCAAGGUGGCGACAUGGCCAGGUUGGCUGUGUCGGAGAGUGCACCACCUGGUGCGCCCGUUUACACCCUCCGUGGGGAGGAUCCUGAGGAGUCCAGAUUGCAUUACUCCAUCAGCGGUGAAUAUUUCACCGUGAACAGGGAGACCGGAGUGGUGAUUCUGAGGAAAGCCUUAGACAGAGAAACGCAAGAUCUCAUUGAAGUCAUUAUUAGCAUAACAGACGAAGGUAUCGCCGGGUCGGAACCCAACACAGUUUCUCUUCGUCGCGAAAUAGCUGUGCUCGAUGAAAACGAUAAUCCACCGGUUUAUCAUGGCCGACCGUAUGCGGCCAGAGUGCCGGAAAGCGCGCACGUGGGUGGCUUGUUACUUCCCCCGGGCACGAUCACGAUCACGGACCGCGACGGUGGUGUGAACGCCGACGUUCAUGUGCAAUGCGUCUCGGCGACACGUGACGACGACGUCUGCGAGGUCUUCGACAUCUCUACGGAGAAGCUUGCUGAAGGGAAAUACGACGUACAGAUAACGUUGGCGGAACCGUUAGAUUACGAGAGGAGAAAUUCGUAUUUGAUUAAUUUGCUCGCGGUCGACGGAGCCAGCGAUCCAUCGAAGAGGUUGCAGGCCAGAGCGACCGUUGCCGUUGAUGUCCUCGACGUUCAGGAUCAGCCACCCGUUUUCUUGAACGCGCCUUACAGUGCGGCGCUUCCGGAGAACACCGCAGCUAGUCACACGGUUUUGAUGGUGCGAGCACGUGACGGUGACACCGGUCAAUCGAGAAAUCUGCUGUUGACGCUGGAGGACGACGAUGCGGGCCACUUCGAUCUCGAGAUGUUCCGGGACGGCGAUGUCACGGUUGGCAAGCUGGUCACGACAAACGCGUCCCUCGAUCGCGAGGAUCCCAGGAUCCUGCAGAACGGCGGCAUCUACACCUUCCAAAUUAGAGCCACCGAGCUGAUCAACAACGAAAUACCGACCGACACCGCGACGUCGAUCGUCACGAUCGUCGUCACGGACGUGGACGAUCUUGUGCCCGCUUUUAACGAGGAUUACUUUAGCAUCAAGAUCUCCGAGGACAUCGGAAAGGACACUCCUCUACCAGGCCUGAAUAUGAUCGUGAGCGAUGGCGACGUGGGCGACAAUGCAAAAUACUUCCUGGCGUUGCGAGACGUGCCGCGAUAUCCUGGAAUAAGCAGAGCAUUCACUGUCAGUCCUGAGGAGGCUCAAGGUCGGGUACCAGUGGUGAUUAAGGCUAAGGAUGUCAAUGUUCUUGAUUACGACGUCGACGAUCCCGCAAAGAGGGAAAUCGAGUUUGACGUCAUCGCGACUGUAGCGAGCGAAGUGAUGGCCACCUGUAGAGUGCACAUCCAGCUGUUAGACGCCAACGACCACAGCCCCGAAUUCUCUCGGUCGAUGUACAAGCUGUCGAUCCCGGAAGACGCGGAACCCGGCACUCGCUUCGGCGAUGUUUACGCGAAGGAUUACGACAGCGGCUCCUUCGGCAAGUUGACGUACACCCUGCGCGGUUUCGGCGCGGACAAGUUCCGGACCGAUUCGCAGAUGGGCGGGAUAUUCGUGGCGAAGAAACUGGACUACGAGGCACAGAAGUCUUACUCCCUGACGAUGGAGGCGACGGACGGCGGUGGUAGAGUGUCCGCCGUUAAUAUUCUCAUCGAGCUCGAAGAUGUUAAUGAUAACAGGCCGACUUUCGAGCAGCCGGAAUAUUCCAGGACCGUACGCGAGGGUGCCACCAGCUUUGAUCCGCAGAUGUUCGUCAGGGCGACUGACGUCGACGGAUCGGCUCAGGGAAAUGGGAAGGUCGUGUAUUCGAUCGGCCGGCAUAACAGCAUGACAAAUGACGUCUUCAAGAUCAAUCCAGAUUCAGGAGAGGUGACUAUGUCGAAACCGGUUCGUUCCGGCGACACUGAAAGAGGCAUUUACGAAUUAAUGAUCCGUGCAACUGAUACUGGAACGCCGCCGUUACAUUCCGAGGCAAAGCUUCUCGUUCGCGUCGGCGUUCCUGGGAACCAGAAACCUAUCUUCCGAGGGAACUACAAGUCGAAUUUACCAGGUCCCAACACUUACCGGGCGAGGCUCUUGGAAAACGCGUCACCUGGAACGGAAGUCAUUCGAGUGGUCGCCAAUGAUCCCGACGGGAGAGAUAACCUGCUGCAGUACUACAUCGCGUCCGGUUCUAAGGAUAAUUUCGUUAUCGAUUCCAGUUCCGGCAUCAUAACUGUGUCACCUGACGCUCGCCUGGAUUUGGAGACUGGCGGUGAAAAAUACGAGGUGAUUGUGUACGCCGUUGAUUCGGGUACACCUGUGAAGGAGACCGCCACCACUACCGUAACGGUGAACAUCGUAGAUGUAAAUAAUAAACCGCCGGCAUUUAAUGAAUCAACGUACAUUGUACAUGUCUCGGAACGCGCAGCCAUCGGUGAACUCGUAUUGAAAACGGUAGCGAAUGAUCCCGACAGCGACGCGUAUCUGGAGUACUCUCUGGUGGAACCGAUAAAGGCUGUCGACAAGACCGGCGUGGCUUUGAAGAACACCGCCUCUUACGAUUAUAGAACGGCGUUUCGAAUAAAUUCCACGACCGGCGCGAUAACUGUUAACCGAAUGCUGGAUUAUCAGGUGGCCGCCGUCGUAAUACUAACGGUGCAGGCGAAAGACUUAAACGCCGUCGUCGACAGGGACGGGCAGAUAGCGAAGGUGGAGGUGAUAAUUUACAUCCAAGCUUACAGCGAUGACAAUCCGACGUUCACGAAUUCCGGAUGGUCGCCAAACAACCCGACGAUAAAGAUCACGGUACCGGAAGAGCAACCCCUGGGUACGACGUUGUUGAUGCUGUCGGCGAAAGAGCCGACGACGGGGUAUUCGGUUCAGAGGUUCGAACUAGUUAGAGAGGACGAUGACGAAGGCUACGUUAAUGUGGGUGUUCAGAGCGGCAACGUGGUGCUGAGCAAGAGACUGGAUUACGAAGUAUUAAAUCAGAAGUUUAUUCGCUUCAAAGUACGAGCGCUUACCAGAGAUUACGAUAUAACGCGAAAGAUGUCGGAGGCCAACGUAGUCGUCGAAGUUCACGAUGUCAAUGAUAACAAUCCGAUUUUUGAACAGAAGGAUUACAAAAUAUCUGUACUGGAGUCAGCUAAACCCUCAAAAAUCGUGUUGAAUGUUAAAGCAGUAGAUAUGGAUAGCUCUAAAACCGAACAAGAAGUUCAAAGGGGAUAUGGCGAAGUGAGAUACUCCUUGACGGGCGAGAAUGCCAAUCUCUUUGAAGUGGAUCCCAUAAUGGGCAACAUUCAGAUCGCCGCAAACACGACUCUCGACAGGGAGAGACAAUCGGUGUUGCGUUUUUAUGUCGUGGCGUCGGACAUGCCACAAGGCGGAGCCGAGCAACGUAGCAGUCGAGCCUUAGUGACGGUCGACAUCCUCGAUGUUAACGAUAACGCUCCUAGUUUUGAACAAGAAUCUUACACCGCGGUGAUCCCGGAGAACGCACCGAUCGGAAUCAGCAUGGUGAACAUCACAGCCACCGAUCCAGACGAGGGUGAAGGCGGGACAAUUUACUUCGAGAUCAUCGACGAAGGUGAAGCUAAUGGAUUGUUUAAAAUAAAUCACACGACGGGCGAGAUUUACUCGGCACGAGCAUUGACGGGUAAAGGCAGAACCGAACCUUACAACAUGCGAGUGCGAGCGCAGGAUGGUGGCGAGCCGACUCUGUACUCGGACGUGAGUCUCACUCUCUACAUCGGUGACGUGGUGAGCAACGACGGCGUACCCCUGUUCAUCAGGCCGACGUUGGAGGAAGUAGCUUACAUCGCGGAGAAUUCGACCGUCGGUAGUCCAGUCUUCCAGGUGGUAGCGUCCGAUCCUGACGAUCCGAAUUUGCCGAACGGCAGAAUCACCUUCCGUUUCCUCGAAGACGGUAACUUUGGCAAGGACGCGAGUGCCUUUAGAAUUAACAGCGACACCGGGCUGAUCAGCACGCGCAAGUUACUCGAUCGAGAAACCAAAGACAGCUAUACGCUGAUCUUGGUAGCGCAGGACCUCGGGGAUCCGCCGCAGCAGGCAACCAGGGUGCUCCAGGUGAUUGUGAACGACAUCGACGAUCACAAGGCACACUUUAAACGGAGCCUGGACAGUCCACCGAUCGAACUGAAUGUCCUGGAGGAAGCACCGGUGGGCUCCAAAGUCGGCGUGAUCGAAGCGGUCGACGAGGAUAUCGGUGAGAACGGAAUGAUCGACUACGAGAUCGUGUACGGGAACGAGGCGGGGCUGUUCGUGGUGCAACGCCUGGAAAAUAAUUCCGCGAUCAUCAAGUCGAACGGUCGUCUCGAUCGGGAAACCACCGAGUUUCACUUGCUAACGGUCAAGUGUUUCAAAUACUCCGCCAAGAAGAUGGACGUAGUGCCGAAACCGUAUAACAGGCAGGAUCCCUCGGAGAGGCAGGUGCUCGUCAAGGUCUUGGACAUCGACGACAAUAGGCCGCGCUUCAAGAAGGACAACGUAACUCUGGGGGUUCGCUUGAACGUGCCGAUCGACACCAGCCUGAUCACCUUAGAGGCCUACGACGCCGAUUCCAGCGCGUUGCCUAUCAACUACAAUAUGAGUAAAGUAUCCUUUAUAUCUCUGGUUGAUCCCGAUAUGUCGCAGAAGGAGAUACCGUCGCAAUUGUCCUUGAACGCGCGCACCGGAGAACUCAGGACGACCGGUUCUAUGGCGGGAUACGCGGACGGCUUCAUGGAGAUGAUCGUGUCGGCGAAUAACUCGUUGACGCCGGGCGGCGAAACCAAUAUCACCGUGAGGAUUUUCCUGUUGCGCGAUCGCGACAUGCUGAAGUUCGUGUUCUCGAAGCCGCCGGUCGAAGUCAGAAAGACGCUGGAGGACUUCGAGAAAGCGGUCCAACAGGCUCUCUCGUUGCCGAUCAGCGUCAACGUCUACGAUACGCAGUUCUAUUCGAAGGAGGACAACUCCUUGGACUUCUCGUCGACCAGCUCGUGCUUCCAGAUGGUCGGCAAAGAGUCCUACGACCUGGACGAAAUGCGAUCGCUGCUGACCGAUCCGAGGAAUAAGGAAUUGAAGAAAGUGUAUAAAACAUAUCACGUGGAAAAGGUGCAGCACUGUGCCGCCGUGGUAGCUCGCGCUGACGCCUCUAUGACGCAGAUAUGGGUCCUGGCCAUUGCGGUUCUUGUUGGAAUCGCUACCAUAAUUUCUAGUUGUACAUUGUGUUGUAUGCAUGCCAGAUAUAAACGGCAAGUAAAACACGCACGUUUGCGUGAUCAACCGCGACCGCCUCUCAGCUACGUGUCUUCAGGGCCAGCUAUGGUCAGUUCUGGGUCUCAUACAACUUUAGGACCUGGUACGAUGGUCACGUUGGGUCCACAUGAGGGUCCAUACGAAUGGGGCGCCGACACGACGCUUUAUCAUCCGAGUACAUUGGGCUCGAGAACGUAGAAAUUUGAAAAUAUUAGAGAAUGCUUUCACAAAUUAUCUUGAGUUUUUCUUAGAGGGAAUAUAAUUGAUAAUAAAUUGUUCAAUUAUUAAACAGCGUUGUAACGACACACGCAAUGCACUUAUUUUUAAUUAAAAAGAAAUUUUAUCUUAAAAUCUAUAAAAUUAUUUAUAUAUUAAAAAAUGUUUAAUUUAAAAAAUAAUAUAAAACUGUUGCUAAGAAAAAAUUAAUUAGAAAUGUUCUUAGAAAUAGUAAUUUUUGAUAAAAGAACUUUUUAAAGGGAAACUUUCUUUAUAGUGGUCUGUGGCAAAGUGUAUGAAAACUAUUACGUUGUUAAUACUUACAAAACUAUCAGUAAUAUGUAAUUUAUGAACUGUGCAGUUAUUUGAAAGAUUGGAAGAAGAAUAUCGAUGGUGCUAUACUCGUAAUGUAAAAAGUAUUGUAUGAUUUAAAACGCGCGCAUAUAAUGCAGUAUAUGUUUGUAAAAUUUGACAAUGCGUGUUAUCUUUAAGUAAUUUUAUGUUAGUUUAAUAUAAUAGUAUAUAAUUAUACAAGCGCAUAUAUAAGUAAAAUAUAAAACUGUAAAUUUUGAACAAUCUCAGAGUUGUAUGUUUUACUUAUAUUACACUUGUGAUAUUAUUAAGAAUCGUCAAGUGAGUUCUCUGUUGUAAUAUAAUGUAAUAUUAUAUUCGUAUUUAAGACAAAAUAAAAAAUUGUACAUUUUAUAGUCGACAAUAUAUACAUUUUCAAGUUUGUAUAAAUUAA